CAGGAGGGCCGGGCUAGAGAAGCCGGAAGUAGCCUCCCGGAAGUGGCUCCUGUUCCGUAUCUGCCGCCGACCGUCGCUGGCAGGUCUGUGCAGCCCAGCCAGGACAGCCGGCCCGCGCCCCCAACCCCAGAGACUGACCCCCUAUGCCUGACCACACAGAUGUCAGCCUGCCCCCAGAGGACCGGGUCAGGGGUCUUAUCCAAAUGGGCAGCAGUGUGGAGGUGAAUGAAGAUGUCCCACCUCGGAGGUACUAUCGUUCUGGACUCGAGAUCAUCCGGAUGGCAACUAUCUAUUCUGAAGAAGGCAACAUUGAACGUGCCUUUAUAUUGUACAACAAGUACAUCACGCUCUUCAUAGAGAAGCUCCCGAAGCAUCGCGAUUACAAAACUGCUAUCAUUCCUGAGAAGAGAGACACAGUAAAAAAACUAAAAGAAAUUGCAUUUCCUAGAGCUGAAGAGCUGAAAAAGGAGCUUUUAGAAAGAUACAACAAAGAAUAUGCAGCGUACAAUGUACAAAAAAAGAAGCAGGAGGAAGAGUUUGCCCGCAGCCUGGCUCUGCAGCAGCAGCUGGAGGAGGAGAGGCAGAGGGUAGCCAGGAUGAAGCAGCAGCAGGCCGAGCAGGAGCAAUUCAGUGCAUUCGAGCAAAUGAUCCGGCGCCAGGAACUGGAGAAGGAGCGCCUGAAAAUCGAGCAGCAGUUUGGGAAGCCAACCCCCAACACCUCGGAUUGCCCCUUGGUACCUGGCGUGCUCAAGCCCUUGAGCCCCAGUGGAGGAGGAGGGCUGCCCAAACCCCCCACUGUGGACAGGUCUCUGAAACCUGGAGCUUUGGGAAUCCCAGAAACCAAUACUACUAUGGAAGGACUUCGCCAUGUGACUGUCCCCAGAGAACUCUGUCAUAAAUUCCUCCAGUUGGCGGAUGCAAACACUGCAAGGGGUGUAGAGACAUGUGGAAUCCUUUGUGGGAAGCUGAUGAAGAACGAAUUCACAAUAACCCAUGUCAUCAUCCCCAAGCAGCACGGGGGCCCUGACUAUUGCAACACUGAGAACGAGGAGGAGCUCUUCCUGAUCCAGGAUCAGUACAGCCUUAUCACUCUGGGAUGGAUCCAUACACAUCCUACCCAAACAGCUUUCCUUUCCAGUGUAGAUCUACAUACGCACUGCUCCUAUCAGAUGAUGCUGCCGGAGUCUAUAGCUAUUGUUUGUUCACCAAAAUACCAGGAGACUGGGUUCUUUAAAUUGACAGACCAUGGCAUGGAAGAGAUCUCUUCCUGUAGGCAAAAAGGGUUCCAUCCACAUAGCAAAGAUCCCCCACUCUUUACAACCUGCAGUCACGUGACUAUCCUGGGGCAGGAAGUGAUGGUACUGGACCUUCGAUAAAGCAAAUGCCUUCAUGCCUUUUGCAGCCAUUAGCUGUCCUCUACGUUAAUUUAUGAUGACUAAUAAUACCCCCUCUACGCAGCAAUUUCCAAGGCUCUCCCUGUAACACCACAAGAGCUUCACAUUCUUUCUGAUCUCAUGCAGUUAUUAAAUUAGGGAGGAGAGAGGAAGUUAGGAGAUAUCACUAAACUUAAUUCAAGUAGUAUUCGGCUGCUCACUGAUCCUCUUCAGGCUUUACUCUGCUGAACCUUAAUCAAAAAAUCAAGCAAAUUAAUAACCUACGGUAUAAAAAUCUGUUUGCGAUAUGCUGAGCGCAUAGAUUCAUCUGUUUCCUCCCUUUCAAGCUGCAAACAUAGAAUUUUCUCCAAAGCUCAUAAACACCGAUGGAAGGCUUUGGUGGAUUCCCCAAGUGCUGUGCCAACAGCUCAACUUCUUUUGAGCAACAACAAAAUGAUGUUUACGUUGGAAGGAAAUGAGCAUAUGCAGGAAGAUUGUGUUUUUUGUUGUCAGGAAUUCUUCAAAAGAUAAAUAAAUCACAAGUUCUUCCAGGCUUCCGUUUCAGGGAGAGAGUUAUAGGAAAAGAGAAUCCAAAGGAAGGGAUUCCAUAAACAGCCUCUUGGUUCCAUUCUUGGCAUGGUUUGCCAAAGGAUGGAUCUGCACUUGAUUUGUGCUAUGAACUUUCAGUUCCAGCAAGUGCCGAUAUGCACUGAAUCAUCUAACUCAAGUUGGACAACCCCUUAAGUAAUGCUUUAAGGCCUAGACCAGCAACUUAUAGGCCUAGACAGGGUUAGUUCGAUGUAGAGAUUUAAAAAUGGGUUUACUGUUGGAAAAAUGACUCUGGUACCUGUACCCUGUCCUCGUAUCACAUUGCAAUGAAGGGCAGGUUUAAAAUAUUUUAAAUAAUAAAUACACCUAUAAAAAGAACAUAAGUGUGAUGUCGCUUCUCUCUUUCUCAAGCAGGUGUAGCCAAUGUAUGUUCCAGAUGUUCCAUGACUAAACUCUCAUCCACCCCAGUCAGCAUUUGCCCAAUAGCCAGGGAUGAUGGGAGCUGUAGUCCAGCAACAUCCCAAAGGCCACAGGUUCCCUAUCCCUACCCUGCAGGUUGUGUUUCGUCACCCCGCCUUGUCACUUGAUUGCAGGUGCUUCUUCCAGUCUGUAAACUGAGAACAGAUCAGUGGGUGAGAAGCAUCAUUUACAACUCUCUGGCAUGGAAUGCUUACUGGGAGCGGAGGGGAAACUGGGGAACUGACUGCUGGCUGGGAGGGGGAAUAGAAUGGAGAAGAUGGGAAGGGAGGAAGAGACACAAAGAUAAGAAGCAGACAGAGAAGACCCAUCUCCUUGUCUGCAUAGGCCGUGCCCUGGUUCACAUUGAAAAGCCAUCUACAAGACUCCCAGGUACAGAAGUGAGUGCUACCUGAAGAAGAAGAAAAAUCAAUGGAGAAUUUCAAUAUUUUUAUUAUUUUAUUAGUUGGCUCCAGCGCAAGAGUGUGUAACCUCACCCC